AUGGCAGCGCGUCCGCCUCCAGAGCGGAAGGCUGGGUCAUCACAGAUCAAUCCUCGGUUAUUUUCAUCGUCUGCUUUUGCUUGUACAGCACCUAGUUCAAUAUUAAUGUCGCAACAUGAACAGCGCAGUUUUGUUAGAGGUACGACGGAACGAAUAGUUUAUGUUACUUGUCCUAAUGACGAGGUCGCUGGGAAUUUGGCCCGAGGUCUUUUAAAAGAAAAGCUGGUCGCCUGUGUGAAUAUAAUUCCAAAGAUCUCUUCACUUUAUUGGUGGGAAGGCAAAAUUGAAGAAUCUUCCGAACUCUUGCUCAUGAUUAAAACUUUGGAUAAGCAUCUUGAUGAAAUAACAGAUUAUGUAAAUAAACAUCACGGUUAUUCUGUACCAGAAGUUCUUUCAGUAAAGGUUGAUGGUGGAAAUGGUCCUUAUUUAAAAUGGAUUAAUGAUAGUGUUAAGUGA